GGCCAACCCUCCAGACAGCAGCAGCAGUCCCAGCCUCAGCCUCAUGUUUCCUGUUGUCGUUCUGAAUGACUGCAGAGGAGAUAAACAGCCUCCUAGAACAGCAACAGGGUCACUGUGAAUCCAAGUUGGCUGGUGCUGCGAGGGAGCAAACUACUAGGAAACUUUUCAGUGCCAUCUUUCAAGCUAGUGGAUGAUCGACAGUCAGCUAUCGGCACAAAGGAGGGCGAUGAGGAACCUACCUGGAGACCGAGGCCAGCAGAAGACCAGCACCUAUAUCGUGCCCUGCUUCCUCUUUGUGGAGCUGGUCAUCAUGGCAGGGACCGUUCUGUUGGCGUACUACUUUGAGUACACGGACACGUUCCCCGUGCACAUCCAGGGCUUCUUCUGUUUCGACAAAGCCUACUCCAAGCCGUACCCAGGACCAGAGGACAACAGCAAGGCACCGCCCGUCCUUGUCUACUCCCUCGUCACCGCCAUCCCCACUGUGACGAUUCUGAUUGGGGAAGUGACCAGUUUCUUUGUGAAGACGGAGGCAGCUCAGGAGAAGACCAUAGUGACCGCUGACUGCUGUUAUUUCAACCCUCUCCUCCGAAGGAUCGUACGUUUUCUGGGUGUCUACUCCUUCGGCCUCUUCACCACCACCAUCUUUGCCAAUGCUGGUCAGGUGGUGACAGGAAACCAGACGCCUCAUUUCCUGUCUGCCUGCAAGCCAAACUACACAGCUCUGGGCUGCCAGUCUCCACUGCAGUAUAUCACAGAGCGCCGAGCCUGCACAGGAAAUCCAUACCUGGUGGCGUCCGCCCGCAAAUCCUUCCCUUCCAAAGAUGCAGCUCUCAGCUUUUAUUCAGCCGUCUACACAGUGAUGUAUGUGACCCUGGUGUUCCGGACCAAAGGGACCCGUCUGACAAAGCCCACCCUGUGUCUGGUGCUCCUGUCUCUGGCGGUGCUGGUGGGGGUGGUGAGGGUGACCGAACACAGAAGCCACUGGAACGAUGUCCUGGCCGGGUUUGUCACCGGCGGGUCAAUCGCUGCCUUUCUGGUGUCAUGUGUGAUCAACAAUUUCAAGCCAACCCAGUUAGCAGUGCCAACUCCUCCACAGCAUCCACAGCGUCCAGAGCCCUCCAUUGGGCUCCCUCUCCUCAGCCUGCCCCGUGUGGAGAGUCCACUCGAAAAGCUCCAGGGCUACCGUAUUCUGAGAUCACAUGACCAUCAGCCAAUCCGGUCCCCCGCCCCUCCCGAUGUGCUCCUCCCCUCGCGGCGUUGCCUCACCAGCGCAGUCUAGACCUGCCCUCUGAAUGCCCCCCGCCCUGCCCUGCCCACCCUAAAGGACGACAUCCUCUCCGACGAGUCAAAUCAACCCAGGUGUGAAGGUCCACCAAUCACAGGAAACAGGACACCAACAUGUGCACAUGGUGAGCCUGGCUGAAACCUGUCAUCCGCUAAGGACCAAUAGGAGAUGGAGAUCUGUCCCUCUGUCCUGUUUGCCCUCCAAGAUGGCCUCCCUUUUCUUUGGGUGUGAAAGACCCAAUGAAAGACUUGCCAAAGCCAGAGCUAGUGAAGCAAUACUGUGUCCUAUUCCCAUGUCCCUUUUUUUUUUCCACAAAGACUCAACAGUGACUUUAAAGACUGUUGGCUGGUGAUGACUUGAGAAAACACUUGAUCAAAACAAAACAAAAAAAAACUCAGCAGAGCUGAGGGCUUGGGGAUAGAAGAAAAUCCCAAUCACAAGUGGAUCGUCCCCAAAAGACCAUUUUCUAACACUCAGGACAAUAAAAUGGAAACAAAAAACACAGGACACGAUUAAAAACAAAGACCUUUAUGUAAUCAAAAUGCAGGUACCAUCGAGUAUUAUGGAACAGAAUUUUUUUCUGUCCUAAAAAACUAACAAGAGAUGCUGUCAAGGAGGAAAGCACUUUUGUAAAUUAUAGCACAGAUGAACCUAUUUAGUGUUCAGUAAACUGUGUUGUAUCUUGUUUUGGGGGAAUAUUGGUUUGAUCCCUUGCUGUAUAUUGUGUGAAGUGAUAGAAGAGAGAUUUACAGACACUAGAGCUGUGCUUGUGAAUCCAUAUUUGUUUUGGAGCAUCCGUUAAUCCAUCCUUGUAGUGAACUGAACUGGAUUUCCAUCAACCUUCUAAUCAUCUUUUAGCUACUUACUAUUCAGGUGUGUGUUUUAUAAAUGUCUGUGGGUUCAACGUCCAUACUGUGAAAUAUUUGGGGAAAAAAAAAAAUUAUUAUUUGACUUACUGCCUAAUCUCACGUGGAGAUCCUUGUCAGUGUUUCCAUAAAAUUCACCUUUUCCUGUUUCUCUCACACCUUUUCAUGCCUCCUCCUUUUUUUCUUUCAGAUUACCUUUAUCUAAAUACAGGACGCCAAUAUGACGUGUCUUACAUUUGUAUCAUGCGCAAGUGGUGUUUCCAAAACGAAUGUGUUAUAAGAGUGGUAAUGAUAUCAGUUUGCUACUGUUUGUGCAUCUGUCCUGUCCCAUUUUCAGUCCACCAUCAUUUCCUCGCAUUGACUCUAUGAAUCCAAUGGCACAGACCAGUGUAUAACACAGAGGUAAGAUCUCUGAGUUUUGUAUAGUUUUGUACAGUCAAUAGGUUUCUUUACACAGUAUAUACAACAUUAUCAUUAUGUUACAAUAGUGUGAACAAUGUGAAGCUACCUGAAGCUGUCUUGUAGGAACAUGAGUAGUAGCCUGAUCUAAAGCAGGAAUGUAGCGCAGUGGAGAAGUGUGUGAAAUCUGAACAGCAUGACGCUGGUGUGUUUGGCUCACAACUUGCUUUGGUUCUGCUCAGUUCAAAAGGACACCGCAGACAGGUCACACUGGUAAGAGAGUAGGCAGCGGGUUAUAUGAAGAAGACAUUGCUAUGGUUUUAUUAAGUGUGUUUGUGUGUGCGUGUGUGUGUGUGUGUGUGUGUGUGCUUAUUGGGAUUUGUGUGUAUGUUUAUAAUGAGCACAUUGUAUGGCAGCGUAACUGUUAAUUUGGCAAUCUGUUUUCUUAAGUGAAACUGUCAAAAGUAGCUGCUAUAAUUACACACUUGUGCUUGUGUGUAACUGCAGGCCUUCAAAGGACCCCUGCCAAGGCGUCCUACCAAUGCCUGUUAUAGCAGAAGGUGCUCAUUAUAGCUUUGA